AUGACGAUCGAGUCGCACGGAUUUGCCGCUGCAGUUGGCGCGCUCGUCCCUUCUCUGCUUCUCCUGCUGUUCCUGGAGAAGCAGUGGGCACGGGAACUGCCGCCUCAAUGCAGCAGCGUCUUGGACCGCGUCUUGUGGCUCGAUCCAGACGCGAUUUUCCCGCAUUUCGAGUGUCUCGGCGUCUCAGGCCGGGCGCUGUAUCUGGAUUACCUCGCGUUCGACCUGUUGCUCUUCCCUCUGAUAUAUGCUACAGCGUUGCACGGCCUUUUGCGUCGCUUGUGGCCCGAGCGCCACUUGGUCUGGUGCUUGCCAGGCCUGGCAGCGCUCUGUGACGUGUGCGAGAACGUCUCGAUUCUGGAGCUCUUGCGGCGGUUCCCACAGCGAUGGCAGACGCUCGAGAGGGGCGUGAGUGUCUUGACGCGGGCCAAGUGGAUCGUUCUCCUGUCUGCCAAUGUCUUUGUGGUGCUGGGGAUCGGGAGGGUGGGACUGCAGACUGCAGUGAGGAAGAGAACGACGACGACGACGACGGCAAAGGACGAGUGA